AUGUUUUUCAUAUUUCUGGCAUUGUACAUUAUUUUAAGUGUCAUUGCACAUGUUAAACUAGUCAGUCAAUUUUCACUUCAUGUUUGCCUCUAUCUUAUUCACCUUUGGCUGGCUAGUCUUGGCACACUGUUGGGUGCUGUUCAUUGGGGUGUCUUCUCAUUUGAUGGCCGAGGACUUGGUCUACUUUCCGAGUUCGGUACAGUAGUUACACAGUGGGCGGAUUCUAUAUUUUUGGUUGUUCUCAUGUCCACAUGCCAAAUGGGUUUCAGUCCUCAGUGCCCAUCAAUUAAAUUCCAGUCUUCAAGGAAUCAUUCCAAAACUUUCGACCUGUUAAACUCCAAAAUAUUAUCCAAAUUAUCCAACAGAUUUCUGCAGUUGAGUACAAUCGGCCAUAAACUAUACAGCUGUCAUCCUGUCAGUGAGGAAAAUAUCUGUGAUAGAUCAUCGGUUAAUCAGCAGAAGUCUACAUCGUUUUGGCCGUAUGUGAUUUUCCUUGUCACUUUAUUUUUCGGGGUCAAAACCUUGUUAUACAUAUGGGCUCUGUUUGAUCGUGAUCCGGUAAUUGAUUUUUCCGUUUGGAAUACAGUGCCCGGUAUUUUGGAUAUUGCAGUACUUGGACGUAGGCAAUUUAUAGCACAACUCUAUUCUGAGUCAUACAAUCUAGAUUUAUGCAUAUUAGGACCAAAUAUCAAUACAGUACAAUUUACUGCUGGUUACCUCCUUUGGAUUAUUAUUCUACCGUUUGUAGUAUUUAUUGCAGAGACUAGUGUAUCUCCUCUCUGGCGUACUAAAACUAUUCUCAUAAUGUGCUUUUCUACUGAUUAUGUAGCUAGUGUUGUGUAUGUCUGUCUUUUAUGGCGUUCAAAUUACUUGUUGGAUGAACAUAUGACAAAUCGUCGAUCAAUGUAA